UUUUUUUUCUUUCUUUUGUUCUCUACUGUGAAACAUUGGAAUCCUAAAACUUUUUUAAGUACAAGAUAUAUGGCUAGUCUAAUCUUCUGAAACAAUGAGUAUCUUUUGAUGAUAUGCAAUUAUAUGUUUGUUUCCUUUUUGUUUGUUCUGCUUUGAUGGUGCAGCAAAAGAUAGUGAUUAAGGUGUCAAUGAACUGCGAAAAGUGCCGGACAAAGGCCCUCAAGAUAGCUGCAGCAGCAGAAGGUGUGACAUCAGUGGCAUUGCAGGGGCCAGACAAAGACAAGCUGGUGAUAGAGGGGGAUGGAGUGGAUGCAGCCUGCUUGACUAAGUCUUUGAGAAAGAAACUUUGCCAUGCAAUCCUGGAAACAGUAGAAAAAAUCAAACCAAAGGAGGACAAAAAGAAAGAACCUGAAUGCAAAUUCAUAUGUUGUCAUCAGCCUCAGGUCGACAUGUUUAAAGUGGUUCCUGUUUAUGAACCCUGCCAAUCAGGGGGUUGCACCAUCGUCUAAGACUAUAUAAAAACUCUGAAUCAAAAUUUCACUUUCCUCUCACCUGAUCAUCACAUGGGCAAUGGAGCCUCCUUUACCCCUCAGCACCUUUUCCAUUUCCAAACAGGUCAUCUUGACUGUAUCAUGUAAAUUUUUAUCAUGCUGUAUUUACUAUUGCUUUUUCAAUGAAAAUUUGCAGCAUUU